GCCCUCAGGCCAUGGCGGCGCCGGCGCUGCCGGUGGCGGAGCCGCUGCCGGGGGCCCCGGCCGAGCCCAACCCCUUCUCCUUCCGCGAGUUCGUCCGCUCCAAGGCCCGCGGCGGGGACGGCGCUGGCGCUGACACGCAGGCGGCUUGGGCUGUGCCCCCGCUGCCCGCAGUGCCCGCAGAGUCGGGGGACGAGCAGGAGGACGAGGAGGAGGAGGAAUGGAGCGAGAGCUACCGGCCGCUGGCCGUGGAGCAGGAACACCUGGGCAGCGCCGGAGCCGCGCCGGGGCCGGGCCGGGUUCCCCCCGGGCAGCCGAGCUACGAACAGCUAAAAGAAGAGAAUGCUAUCUUGAGAAACAAGAUCAAGAAGCUUCAGAUUCUGUCUGAAACUCAAGCAGACAAGAUGAGGAAGCUUGAGAAGAAGCUAGAGGAAAACAAAAUCAAAGAAGAGAAGGAAGCACAGGAUUUGGAAGCAAUGGUGCAGCACGUGGAGCAGAAUCUGCAGCUGAUGACUAAAAGGGCUGCCAAGGCUGAGAACAGUGCUGCCAAACUGAGGCAGGAGAAUGCACAGCUGCAGGCGGAGCUGAGGAAUUCCCGGCUGGAGCAGGAGGAGCUGCGGGCGGGGUUGGCCGCGGCCAAGCAGAACGCGGAGGCGGCGCUGCAGCAGCUGCUGCGGGUGACAGCCAGCUCCAGGGCAUCCAUCAGGCAGCUGCUGUCUGGAGCAGAAUCCCUGCAGCUCGUGGCUGAUCUCCUGAAAUCCAUAGACAGAAUUUCUGAGGUGUCAGAGGAUGGACACUGAGUGACUCACACAGCACGGAGCACUUUGUUUUCAUAUGGAAACCAUUACUAAAAAAUGAUUUUUUUAAUACUUG